GCCAAAAAAAAAAAAAAAAAAAAACAGAAAAAACAGUAGCGGUGGCGGCAUCAUCAGCAGCAGCAGCAGCAGCGGUGGUGGUGGUCGCCGUAGCGGCUGCCAGCUUUGACCCCCACCUCACCCGCCUCCGGCGGCGCCGCCGCUCCCGUUCCUGCGCUCGCCGGCGGCGCGGCGGGUCCUCCUCCUUUCCCUCUGGCGCGCGGGGCCCCGCCCCCUCUCCCACCCCCAACAUGGAAGCCUCUAGAAGGAGGGGAAGCUGCUGAUACUGUAGGGUGAUCGAAUAAUUGCCCCUUUUUCUGUUACAAGCAAAUGUGAUAAUGGACAACCUUGGCCAUAGAGAAAAUGGGAGGCAAAGGCCAGACCAAUAUAAAGGACUUCAUACCCAGUGGAUGAUGCCCCAGACCCAAAGGCAUCUGAAGGACCAUCAAAGUAUGAAUCUCUUGGCACUGAUGAAUGAUAGAGAUAAUGCCAUCCGAGAAAGGGACCAUGCUCUGGCUGAGAAGAAGGCAGCCAUAGCUGAGCGCGAUAUGGCGUUUACUCAACGGGAUGCUGCAAUGGCUGAGCGUAAUGCUGCAGUCGUGGAAAGGGACAAUGCCCUUGCUGCUCUUGAGUUAGCACGUACAAACGGAUUGAACAUGAAUAACGGGAAUGGAUUCCCCCAAGGAUCUCUCAGCGGAUCAAAGAACAUCCACCACCACGACCAGCUUUCUCAUGCUCAGUCAUCACCGCUGCAACUGGCAGAUUCUCCAUAUGAUCAUGCUAGAGAAAUGCACAUAUCAGAAGCAUACCCUAUCUCAACAGCUCCAGGGAGUGCUGGAAAAGCAAAGAGGCCAAAGAAGAAUAGUUCCCAAGCCUCUCCAUUGAAGAGGCCAUCAGGUGUGCUCCGGAAAACCAAGAAACCUUCUGGUGACUGGAAGAAUGUCGGGAUGUCUGGUUGUGGAGAUGAUUCUGCUCAUGCUUCUGUGAUGAAGAACGAGUGGAAGGACCAAAACCUUGGUCUGAAUCAAGUUGCGUUUGAUGAUUCCACGAUGCCCGCGCCUGCCUGUUCAUGCACGGGGAAGCUUCGCCAAUGCUACAAGUGGGGAAACGGGGGAUGGCAAUCAUCAUGUUGCACCAUGAACAUUUCCAUGUACCCACUCCCAGUGAUGCCGAACAAGCGGCAUGCUCGCAUGGGGGGACGGAAGAUGAGCGGCGGUGCCUUCACAAAGCUGCUGAGCCGACUAGCGGCCGAAGGUCAUGAUCUCUCGACGCCGGUCGACCUCAAGGACCACUGGGCUAAGCAUGGUACAAACCGGUACAUCACCAUCCGGUAGCUUGCUGAUGAACGCGGAUGUGAUUCAAGCUGGAAAGAUGGGGAAGAUCAGGCAAAUCUUGCUUCUCCUGCAUUCCCUAAACCCUUUGCUAGGGCCAGUCUUUGUAAGGUUGUCAUUGGUUUGUAGCGGAUGUAGGUAGAAUUUUGUGUUUAAAGUUCUGUAGGUUCUUCUCUCCCGUUCUGAACUCUGAAUUUUCUCGUGGCUCUAGAACGCUGCAGCCCACGAGAAUUAAAAAAUGUAACCGUAGUCUGCAGGUAUUCAUCGUCAGAUCAUUGUAUAGUUUGACAACCAGAUUUAUGUGGUAGUAGACCAGUAGUGAAUGGCAUAUUUGUCGAAGAGGCCAUUUGCCUGAAUCGUUUGGUAGCUAGCAACUGACUGAAUGUGAAGCUAAACAUUCAGUUGCCACCAAACGAUUCAUACCAACAUUUUUUUGCUCGUUC